CGUGGAAUGUGGACGUAGGUGUACAUUAGCACCGUGAAAUUGUGCCUCUUGAGUACACGCAGCAAGGAGACGCAGAAUUGUAAAUUGUCAGAUUGCAUACAUCUUCCCAAAUAUUGUUCCUCUUCUGCGGUUCUUCACUGAUGAUGAUCCAUGCAUUAUUGAAAGACACUUGGAGCCGCCACUAAGUGGGGGGAAGGGUUUGCUUCUGAUUUUUGCAGAUUUCGUAGGAGAAAGACUCGUUUUUUCCAGUGUUAUUUAAAUCACUAAAUCUGAUAUUGGUUUUGCUUAACAUGAUCAGUGUCCUUGAAUUUAGUUAAAUUACCGACUUGCCAAACUAUGAUUUAGCCCACAACUCCAUCAAGGUUCUCGCCCACCUUGUAUUGGCUUUACGAUCAUGAAGUUAAAAUAAAUAGGAAAACUCAAUUGGAAACGGAUUAAUGGGUAAAUAAGUUGGGAUCGUUGGUGUAUGAGGUAUAAGGCACCUCUCCACCUGCUGGAUCAGAGGAUAGUAGCUCCAGCAACAGUAUUUCACAUGGUUUUAAGCUGCAACCAGAUCACAAAGAAAGAUAAAUGGGUUCAUCAAAGCUGUGGAACUGGAAGCCAGCAUAUGGAAGACCACUUAACAUUGGCAUCAGAAUGUUAAGGACUUCCUUGUAGAGGCAAACAAGAGUUAUAACCUCCACAAAAAGGAUGGUCUCUGUGGCCAGUUCUCGGUGAGCUGGAAGAUUUCAGCACUUACCUUCCAACUGAGGGAAAACUCCUGUAAAUGCUGGCUGGAUGUAGAAGAUAAGACCUGUAUCAGUUGAUUUGCUGGGAUAAUACUGCCUCGGGUGGCAGCCAAAAAUGCAGUUUAUGAGACUUGGUAAAAUCCAUGUGCUGAGGCAGUUGGCAAGUGGAUGUCGCAAUGUGGGACACACUAUGUUCAACAAAUACCUUCUUCUCACCAAUGUUGGAAUCUCCAUGUGCCUCUCUGCUACUGGUGAUGUCAUCCAGCAACAUUAUGAGAUGAUGCAUAACGAAAGAAAAAAUGUGGAGUUAAUAAGAACCCGAAACAUGUCCAUAUCAGGAGUUACUGUUGGUGUUGUAUGCCACUUUACAUAUAACUACUUAGAUAAAAAGCUACCUGGAAGAUCUCUGCAGACAGUUCUGAAAAAGGUUGUGGUGGAUCAACUUGUAUUUUCUCCCAUAUAUUUAACUGUGUUUUUCUUCACUCUGGCAAUAUUAGAGGGUUCUAACUGGGUGACACUAAAAAAAGAAGUUACUCAUAAGGCAUGGCGGUUGUACCUAGCAGAAUGGCUAAUUUGGCCUCCAGCACAAGUAAUAAAUUUCUAUUUUUUACCAACAAAAUUUCGCGUGCUGUAUGACAAUACCAUAUCUCUUGGGUUUGAUAUAUACACUUCAUACAUCAAACAUAAUAUACCUAUUGAGGAAGAAAAAGUGACUCUAGAAGAAAAGUGAUCAAUAUUUAUUGCUUAGAUGCUGUAACAAUAUAGUGGCUGUGAUAAUAAAAGUAUGUCAUGUUCAUUACUAAGGUGUUCCCUAUUCUUAUUUCAUAAAUGGGUCAAAAAUACUCUUUAUUUAUUGUUUUUUGGUUUUAGAACAGUCCUUGCAGAGAGUAGUGAAGUUUAUAUGUGAAAUGAAUGUUAUGUUUAUAAGUGAAAUGAAUUUUACAUUCCAUCCUGUUGAUAGUUCAACACAAAUGUACAAAUAAACAAUGACCAAUAAACAGUGCUUAAACUGAAUAAAGA